GCUGCUGCUCCUGCUACUGCUCCGGGAAACCGGAGCUCAGGAUGUGCGAGUUUUGGUGCUCCCUGAGGUUCGGGGCCAACUGGGGGCCACCGUGGAGCUGCCGUGCCACCUGCUGCCACCUGCCCCAGAAGUGCGUGUCUCACAGGUGACCUGGCAGCGCCUGGAUGCAGCCGGGGGCAGCGAGAGCGUGGCUGUCUUCCACCCUUCGUACGGUCCCAGCUUCCCCAGCCCGCGGCCCGGCAAGGAGCGGCUGUCCUUUGUCACCACUGGCCAGAACACCGGAGCCCGGCAAGACACAGAGACAGAGCUGCGGGACGCCACGCUGGCCCUGCGGGGGCUGACGGUGGAGGAUGAGGGCAACUACUCGUGCGAGUUUGCCACCUUCCCCAAGGGGCCCGUCCGGGAGGUGACCUGGCUCAGAGCCAUAGCCCAGCCCCAGAACCACGCUGAGGCACAGGACGUCAUGCUCAGCCUGGAGCCUGUGCCCGUGGCCCGCUGCGUUUCCACGGGGGGACGCCCACCCGCCCGAAUCUCCUGGUUCUCACCCCUGGACGGGGAGGCCAGAGAGACCCAAGUGGCAGGGCCUGUGCCUGGCACAGUCCCCGCCCCCAGCCGCUUCACUUUGGCACCCACGGGUCAAGACAAUGGUGUCAAGGUCACCUGCAAAGUGGAACACGAGAGCUUCAAGGAGCCCGCCCUGCUUCCCGUGACCCUCUCUGUGCGCUACCCCCCAGAGGUCUCCGUCUCCGGCUAUGACGACAACUGGUACCUGGGCCGAAGCGAGGCCACCCUGAACUGUGACGUUCGCAGUAACCCAGAGCCCACGGGCUAUGACUGGAGCACGACGUCUGGCGUCUUCCCGGCCUCCGCAGUAGCUCAGGGGCCCCAGCUGAUCAUCCACUCGGUGGACAGGCUGGGCAACACCAUCUUCAUCUGCACCGUCACCAAUGCCGUGGGCACAGGCCGCGCGGAGCAGGUCGUCCUGGUCCGAGACACUCCCCGGGCCUCGCCCCGAGACAUGGGUCCGCUGGUGUGGGGGGCCGUGGGAGGGACACUGCUGGUGCUGCUGCUUCUGGCUGGGGGGUCCUUGGCCUUCAUCCUGCUGAGGGUGAGGAGGAGAAGGAAGAGCCCUGGCGGAGGAGAAGGAGAAGGCGACGGGGGAUCCUUCGAUCCGAAAACUCAGGUGUAUGGGAAUGGGGGAUCCAUCUUCUGGACACCCACAGCCUCUGGGCCCCUGAGGCCGGAUGGCAAGGAUGAGCUGGAGGAGGAGAAGGAGGAGGAGGAAGAGGAGAAGGCAGAGAAAGGCCUCAUGCUGCCGCCGCCCCUGGCCCUGGAGGACGACAUGGAGUCCCAGCUGGACGGCUCCCUCAUCUCUCGGAGGGCUGUUUACGUGUGACCUGGAGACAGACAGACAGAGACAGAGACAGAGACGGGGAGAGGGCUGAGCCCUCCCCCACGGCGGCAUGGCCAGCCCAGGAGUUCAGACUGGUUGGACCUGUUUGCCUGGAUGACACUGGAGUUGGAGCCACCUCCCACCUCCCCGGGACUGGGAGGGAGGUGGGAGCACACACUGGAUUCCGUCUUCAGGGCCGCAUGGGGAAGGGAGCCCCCACAGCCCCCGCAGCUCGGCAGUGGGAGUCAGAGAGGACCCCCCCAGAGACUUGUUUCUGGCUGCAGCCUGCCCCUGGCCCCAUGACACUCAGGAGUUAAUAAAUGCCUUGGAGGAAAA